UACAUGCGUAUUCCGUAUGCGUUAUCAUGUAAUAUACUUCCAACCUUUCCCGCAACGGCACUAAAAUCGCAUCGUCCCGAUUUUCCCAUGUGUUUUCCGAAGCCAUGUUUCGAGCCCAUGUUCCAUCUUCGAGAGCUCGAGUUUAAUCUCUUCUUUAUUUCAUGCGUAUAUCUUUAGCAAAUUUUUGAUAGCCGUUAAAGGGACAAUAGUUAACAGUAUAGUGUGAUAUAUAGAAGUCUGUGGCUAUGGCUGAAAUUCUUUUGAAUUCUUUGGACACAGAAACAGGAAGAAGAGUUAUGAGAAAGAAGUGAGACGUGAGACUUCUGUUCUCCCUCUGUAUUGACCUCCGUUGUUUACUUUUGGAGGCGGGAGCCAAUAAACAACAACUCUGUUCUCUCUGCAGAGGAUACUCACAACUUAUAGAUAAGCUCUUUGGAUCUCCUAAAAUUCAAGGCUCAGUGAAUUGUGACUUUCCCAGGCGAGUUUAUAUAUCCUAGAGGGAACAGGAGGAAGAAGAGGAAGAAGACGUUUCAAUUUCAGUAGGUAAAAGGUCAAUUAUGCGUCACCUUGGAGGAAACAAAUGGAUUCACAAGUGAAAUCUAAUAGAUCUUUACCACCAUUAGUAAAAGGCAAAAUUCAUGGCAGUCUAAAGCUCGUUAUCAGUGAGGUCCUCUGGAUCAGAACAAAUCCCGGUGAUGUUACAGUAGUGGCUUCCUGGUGGGGCGAACAUGAUAACGCACAAUUCAGACCAAGAGAUAGUACUACAGAAAUAGAAAGAACAAAUGAGGAUGUAACUGAAGUAUAUGCUAUAAAAACUAACGCAACACUUUUUGCGGAUUAUAUUAAAAAUUGUAAUGCAAUAGAAGUAGUGAUAGUUGCAGAGAAUAUUCAUGAGAUUAUUGGUAGAGGAUAUAUAGGAGAAUUAUCUAAGAUAUUUUCAUAUAAAUAUUAUUUUCAAUUUAUUCCGAUAUUGAGUAAUAAUGGCCAUAAAAUAGGAAAACUACAUGUUUCUUUACAAUUAACAUAUUUGACAAAACCAUUCCACUAUUCUAAUAUACAAAUGGAAACAUGUAAAUACAAUAGAGAAAAAGAUAGAGAUAUUUUAUUAUUUCCUAUCGACAAUUUACAAUAUAAUGGAAAAAUGCCAAUGAAAUCUUACAACGAUGCAGAGAAUACUAAAGAGAAGAAAUUUAAAAAAUUUGAAAAGAUUGAUACAUAUAAUAUGUAUAGAUCUGUUUUCAAGAACAAGCAAUUAGAAUUCCAAGAACGUAGAAAAAAAUCCAAUGAAAUGGUAACAGACAAGUUAGUUGCUCAGAUUGUUGCUAGAGCACAGUAUCUUAGGGAAGCGAUAUUGAAAGAAACUUACAAAGAAGAUUCUUCAACUUUGAAUGAUAGUUCAUCAAGCAAUGAAUUACAUUUUAAUACUUCAUCAGAAAAUAAAGAAAAACUUAACAAGUAUACUUUAGGGAUGGAAAUGUCUUUUUCAGAAGAAAAGAAAGUCUUGAAUAUGUUAAGACCAACACCGCCAUGUUUAAUAGACCUGAUGCCUAAAAUAAUUACAACUGAUAAAGAUAAUAAAAAUAAUGGAUGGAAUCAAAGUUUCUCUAUAAAAUUAGACAAUCCCGAAGAAGAUGUAUUGAAUAAAAAUAUGACUUGUACUGAGUUGAAAGGAACAUAUCCUCUAGAUUAUGUUAAUAGUAUGAAAGUUUUUAUUGAAUCUUUUACAUUGACAUCCGCGGGAUAUAGACGUGCAAAAUCCACAUGUUUGCAAUAUGGUGUACCAUUAUCACUGACAUAUUUUAUUCAAUAUGAUACAACAUUUGGAUCUACAAAGCAGGCAAAUAACUCUAGUAAAGAAACUAAGUUUACAAGAACAUAUGCUAAAAAACAAGUGGGUCAAGUUGUUAACUUUAACUCUGAGGGUAUUUAUAGUAUAUCAAGGCAUAAUAUAAAUAAAAAUUUUCCUUUGAGAUUUAAAGUUUUUGUCAAACAUCAUAACCAAAAACUUCCAACUGGAUUAGGAUUUGGUUUCAUAAAUAUCAGUGACAUUACAAGUACUACAAACUUAAGUAGUACCCAAUGUAUAGUUAUUGUAAAUAAAGGCAUUAAAAUAGGUGAUUUGAAAGUUACAAUAGAAUUAGGUUGCGAUUUUAUUCAUUUUGGAAAAGAAUUUGUUGAUGCUGUAAUAUCUAAAAAAGAAAAUCUUCCUAUUUUGAACAAGAAAGCCUUGACAAGCCCAAAUGGUAAUAAAUAUAAAAGUGCAACAGGGACUCAUUCCUCUAAAUCUAAUUGCAAAGUUUCUUCUGUCUCCAAACAAAUUAAGUGUUUGACUAGUAGUAACAAUAAGGAUAUAGUUAUUACAGAAGAUAUGACAGAACACCGAGAACAAAGCUUAGAUAAUAAAAAAAUUGAUACGAAUAAUCCAGAAAGUGGUAUUAAAGAUAAGAUUUUACUUCAUGGCUUGAUAUAUGUAGCUGAGGGUAAAGAUUUGCCAGAAUCUAAUACCUAUCUAAUAUGUAGAGCGUUUUGGCGAGAGGAUAAAGCAUCAAGUCAAAUUUGCAAUAAUACAAAAAAUCCGUUUUAUCAUUUUUUUCAAUUAGUACCUUUAAUUCACGGUACAGAGUUACUGCAGAGAAUCAGAGACAAUUAUAUAAUCAUAGAGGUAUAUAAUCGGCAAAAUAGUGGUAUAGAUAAUCUCUUAGGAAUAGCAAAGCUACCUGUGCAUCAAUUAUACAUUGCUUAUAGAGAUCCACUUGUUUUACCUCAUUUAUUAUUAUCGAAGUAUCCUGUAAUAAGUGUAGAUGGUUGGGUUAAUAUUAACGAUCCAGUAAACGGAAAAUUUUGUGGAAAGCUUCUUGCGCUCGUCGCGCUUGGUACUGCGGAACAAAUUGCAUUACUAGAAGUAACAAGAGGUUUAAGAAAUACCAAUAAUAUAUCGCGAACAAAUUAUAGUUAUCACUGUUAUAUUCCUAACAAUACUAACAAUGCAAUGGGUGGCCAAGAGAGUUUACAGUAUAAUAUUCAUGAAGUAUCGAAUCUCAAUUCAGAGAAAUCCACUUGCAGCAAUAAUUUUGCUCACGUUUAUAGUAUGCUCGAUAGAGAUUUGGCAUCUGUUGAUUAUAAGACUCAAGAAAGUCAGACAGAUAUUUCAAGUUUAAAAAACACAAGACCACAGAAACCAAUACAAGAAGCUGUAUCUUCGGAACACUUGGCUUUACGCGCCUUAGUUGAUCAUUUGACAAAUGUACUACAUAUUAAUAAAAUUAGUACAAACCAAUCGGCUCAAACAGACAUAAAUCAAGUAAAUGAAGAAAAGAUACAUACAGAAUUAUGCUUAAAUACAUUAAAUAGUAAUAGCCUUACCGAUGAUAGCGAUAGCUGCAAUCCGAAAAAUGAUUUUCGAUUACCUAUAGAAAUGUAUAGAAGUGUCGGUGUUGGAGCUGAAUAUGAAGAUUUAGAUCAGCAGCAAAAUAAUGCUAAUAAUCUUUCCAACUCAUCUUUAACGGAAGAAAAUGCACAAAAAAUAGAAUCAAAUAUUAGUUGUAACAGUUCUUUUUUUCGAUCUGUGAUUGAAAUCGAAUGUGCGCUACAUUUGCCAAAGAUUGAAGGACUGAAUGAAUUAAUAGAACCAAGUACAUAUGUAACCUUUCAAGAUUUAACUCAUAAACUCGAUUCUACUAAUCAAUUAAAUUCAUGUAUGGUUACAAAUGUUUAUCCAUAUAGUUGCAAUCCGAAAUGGAAUUGGAAAUGCGAUGUAAAGCUAUCAACAGAUUUACUUUUAAACAAUCAGAAAAGAUUAAUUCUCAAAGUGUGGCAUUUAAUUGAUCCAAAUACAUCUAAAGACAUAAAUUUAAGAAGAGACAUUGUAAUCGGUUUUUCCGCUAUUGAUCUCUCGAUUCUGAUGGCUGGAUUUCCUACAGUAUCUGGAUGGUUUCAUAUCAUGGACUUUACUGGAAAAUGCAAUGGACAAAUUAAAAUAAGUAUAACACCUCUGGAUAAUUUGUCAUCAUUAGGAAAAUUUGCACCAACUAACUCUACUAAUUUAUCAAGGUGCAGCAAUUCACUGCAAACAAACUGGCCAUCUCUGUGUAAUGCACCUUGUACUAAUACAGAAUUAAAUGGUGCACAUCAAAUAUCAUAUGAAAACCAAAAUAAUAAUAAAUAUGUACAAAAUGAUUGUAAAUUAAAUACGCAUAUUGGUCAUAAUUUAGAAGACGUUUCUAUAUCUUUCUUAUCAUCGUCUUUGAAACAAAAAUUAACUGAACUAGAUGAAAUCACAAAACGUUUGCAGUCACGUCUACAUGAUGUCACAAACAUGGCUUUUGAAGAUGAAUUUGAUAAUGAUUUUGAUAUAAUUGAGCCAAACAUUGACAAUGAAAAUACUAAUGAUAGAAACGUUCAUCAGAUUAUACAUUAUCCACAAUCUACAGUUUCUGAAUAUUUUAAUAAUGGAACAUCCCAAAUGUCAAAACAAUGUGAAAUACAAAGCGAUCGAAACGUUGUAAAUGACGAAAAGCAAACUUCUUCCCUUAUAAGCGGCAAUUGUAAUCUACGUUUUGAAUCAGCAUCUAAUAAAAGUAGAGCUAUAAGUUCCGAAGUGACUGAUCUCGGGUAUUGUUCGAGUUCCAAUACAUAUUUCAGCCAACAUCCUGGCUGUUAUCACAAUCAGUAUCAAAAUAGAUAUAGCUCAACGUACAAUUAUUUAUCGGACAAUACAGAAUAUCCCGUGCAAGGUACCAAAACACAUAUAAAUCACUUGCUUGACAAGCUUUCUUUAGAUUUGCCCCCUAGGUCAUCUUCGGAAACGGUCAUACCAAUAAGAAAAAACAUUCUAGAGUUAUUCACGAGUUUACGGGAACAUAAAAAUAACUCACAAGACAAAGACAAAAAUAAUUAUGACAUUAAUACCUGUACAGUGCUCACUCAAACUGAUAACGAACAGUAUACUAGCUCGAGCACGGCAAAUUUUAUUACUUCUAAAACAACCAUUGAGGAAAACAUUUCCGUGGAAAUGCCUUGUAACAGAAUAUCGACAGUAAUACGUGAGGAAUUAGUCGCAGAAGAAAAUGACGACGUCGACGAUGCAAUUUGUGAUGAAUUAACGACUUAUUUGAUAACUUCCAACGUACGUCAUAUGAACCCAGAUAGCAUAUUCAAUCCACUUCUAUAUCAACAUUUGAUACCAGAUUUGCAAAUUGCAGCUACUGCAUCACAGGAAGGAGAAGUUGUAGAACAGCUAGAUAAUCGGUACAUAAGAAAUUUCGCAGUGCACAACAGCGAUAUUGAUCUUUUAAAAGAAAACAGUGUAUUUCAAAAUGAUACGGAAUUGAAAGAUAGAAUAACUGUUUUAGAAUAUGAUAAGAAAAAAGAAUUUUUUGGCUUGACACCUUCGGAUAUAUCAGAAAAUAUUGAUAGUAAUAUUGAUAUGACCAUUAUUUAUGAAUCUAGCGAAAAUGAUUUAACAUCGGAUAAUAAUACAGAAUCGACCGCUAUUAUGUCAUUCGACAAGUCAUCUAUACAACAAACCGAGAUUGAAAUAAAAAAUUAUUCUAUCGUAUCUGAAUUACCUGUUACUGGAGUAUCAAGACAAGCACCUGAGGGUGGAAAUCCUAUAGAAGAAGUUAAAACAUUGCUAGGAGCAAAGCAGCAAAAUUAUAUCCAAAAUGUAUCAGCAGACAACUAAAUAUUCUGGAAUAUUUACGAAAUUUGUAAUAAAUUAGAUUAGAAUAUAAAAAAUUAUAUAAGUA